AUGCGAGUCCAUUAUCCCACCUACCGCCGGCCAGGCCGCAAAACAGAUGUUUGCUCCCACUGCAGGACAUUCAAGAGGCACAUCAUUCCUCGAGCCGAGAAAGAAUACAAGAGGAGACGUGCUGCCUUGGUGACCAUCUUCCCCAAGUACUUCGAAACUUUCGACGCAGACAGUGCCACCAUCCAGCUCCUCCAGUCUUCUCGCAUGUCUGAAGUCGUCGUGCGCGCCUGGAAGUACAUCAGCUCAAAGAACUCGCAGAGCGCAACUGAUCCGAGCCGAAAAGACUUGUCAAGGGGAACUCGACUGGAACUGUUCGAGGCUGAAGCCAAAGCAUGUCAUAAGCUAAAGGGCCAUUGUGAGUUGCUGGAAGCCUACACUUGGCAUCAAAAGUCAGCCGAGCAACAAAGGGAGUUUGCCAAGGAAUUGCUCGCAAAGCUUCCGGCCAAUGAAGCGUACAUGCACUUUGAUUUCAAGGAGAACGUGCUGGACCAUGACAGCCAAAUGGCUAAACUGCUCAUGCUGCGAAUCUUGGAGGUAGUCCGAGGCAAACCCGAAUAUGAAUGGUCAAAGGUCAAGCGUCUCCACCUUGUCUGCGAUUGCGGCCCUCAUUUUCGCAGCCGGGAGUCUUACGCUUUCUAUUUGCGCGACCUGCCGCAAGACAAAGUGGCAGCUGCUUGGAGGGAACAUCUGUGGCAAAGGUUUGCGUAG